UUCAUGAAGUGAGUAUUUGCUUCAUUGCGCGUCAAAUGUAGGCGCAAAGUAAUUUCUUGUUUGCAACUUAAAAGAAUAUUAUUAAAAUGGUAAAGUUUUCUCUUGACGAGAUUCGUGGCCUUAUGGAUCAGAGGCGUAAUAUACGCAACAUAUCGGUCAUCGCCCAUGUUGACCAUGGCAAAUCGACGCUGACUGAUUCCCUCGUUUCCAAGGCGGGCAUCAUAGCGAAUGCCAAGGCGGGCAAUAUGAGAUUCACGGAUACCCGAAAAGACGAGCAGGAUCGUUGCAUUACCAUCAAAUCAACAGCAAUCACAAUGUACUUUGAAGUUGAUAGCAAGGACUUGUGUUUCAUCACUCAACCCGAUCAGCGCGAAGAGAACACCAAAGGUUUUCUAAUCAAUCUCAUUGACUCCCCCGGUCAUGUGGAUUUCUCCUCAGAGGUGACGGCUGCUCUGCGAGUAACCGACGGAGCCAUCGUUGUUGUUGACUGCGUCUCCGGCGUAUGCGUCCAAACGGAGACGGUGCUACGACAGGCGAUUGCGGAACGCAUUAGACCCAUUUUAUUUUUGAAUAAAAUGGAUCGGGCGCUACUCGAACUGCAGCUGGAGAGCGAGGAGUUAUACCAAACAUUUCAGCGUAUUGUAGAGAAUGUAAAUCUCAUCAUUGCCACAUAUAAUGAUGAAAAUGGACCAAUGGGCGACAUCUUUGUGGAUGCCGCAAAAGGUUCCGUUGGCUUCGGUUCAGGUCUUCAUGGCUGGGCUUUUACUCUCAAGCAGUUUGCCGAAUUAUAUGCGAAUAAAUUUAAAAUUGAUGUAGCAAAGUUAAUGACGAAACUUUGGGGCGACAAUUUCUUCAACACAAAGACACGAAAAUGGAAAAGCGCUAAGGAUUUGGAGAACCAGCGCUCCUUUUGCCUGUACAUCCUGGACCCCAUUUAUAAGGUGUUCAAUGCCAUUCUGAAUUUCAAAGCGACCGAGAUUCCCAUUUUGCUGAAAAAGAUUGGUGUAAGCCUUCAAGCAGAGGAACAGGAUUUUACCGGGAAGGAGCUGUUAAAAACAGUGAUGAGGAAAUGGUUGCCAGCGGGUGAAACGCUACUCCAAAUGAUUGCCAUACAUUUGCCAUCACCAGUGACGGCGCAAAAGUAUCGCAUGGAACUGCUUUAUGAGGGUCCCCAGAGCGAUGAAGCAGCGAUUGCCAUAAAAAACUGUGAUGCCAAUGGUCCCCCAAUGAUGUCGAAAAUGGUGCCGACAACCGAUGUGGGACGAUUUUAUGCCUUUGGUCGAGUAUUUGCGGGAAAGGUGAGCACGAGUCAAAAAUGCCGAAUUAUGGGACCCAACUAUGUGCCUGGUAAGAAGGAGGAUCUGUACGAAAAGGCGAUCCAACGGACAGUGCUGAUGAUGGGUCGCUCGGUAGAGGCCAUUGGGGAUGUGCCGGCUGGCAACAUUUGCGGUCUGGUUGGCGUCGAUCAAUUCCUGAUCAAGACGGGCACAAUCACAACCUUCAAGGAGGCACACAAUAUGAAGGUCAUGAAGUUCUCAGUGUCGCCGGUUGUGCGUGUUGCCGUUGAGCCCGUAAAUCCAGCGGAGAUGCCUCGACUUGUAAUUGGUCUCAAGCGGCUCGCCAAAUCUGAUCCAAUGGUGCAGUGCAUUAUUGAGGAAUCUGGGGAGCAUAUCAUUGCAGGUGCCGGUGAAUUGCAUUUGGAAAUUUGCAUCAAGGAUUUGCAAGAAGAUCAUGCAUGCAUUGCACUGAAAACAUCUGAUCCGCUGGUCUCUUAUCGAGAAACCGUUUCGCAGGAAUCAAAUCAAUUGUGCCUGUCCAAGUCUCGCAAUAAGCACAAUCGUUUAACCAUGAAAGCCCAGCCUAUGCCCGAAGGAUUACCCGAGGAUAUUGACAGUGGUGUCGUUACAUCUCGCGACGAUAUCAAGAAACGCGGACGAUUCUUAAACGAGAAGUACAAUUAUGAUGUGACCGAGGCCCGUAAGAUCUGGUGCUUUGAAACGGGUCCCAACAUCAUCGUGGACUGCACCAAGUCUGUGCAAUACCUUCACGAGAUUAAAGAUUCGCUGAUGGCCGGGUUCCAAUGGGCCACCAAAGAAGGCGUCUUGGCCGAGGAAAAUCUUCGUGGAGUUCGCUUUGACAUACACGAUGUGACCGUUCAUGCCGAUGCAGUGCAUCGCAGUGGUAGCCAGAUCAUUCCAGCCGCAAGGCGUUGUCUCUAUGCUUCCACAAUCACCGCGAGUCCUCGCAUCUUGGAGCCCAUUUAUCUGUGUGAGAUACAAUGCCACAAUUCAGCCAUUGGAGGUAUUCAUCGCGUGAUCAGUCGACGACGUGGUCACGUCUUUGAAGAAAUUCAGGUACCCGGCACACCCAUGUUUAUGGUAAAGUCUUAUCUGCCAGUCAACGAAUCAUUUGGUUUCACAGCCGAGCUACGAACGAAUACGCGUGGACAGGCAUUUCCUCAAAGCGUAUUUGAUCACUGGCAGCUGCUACCUGGCGAUCCUUGUGAUUUCAAGAGCAAACCGUAUCAGAUUGUACAGGAGACGCGUUUGCGUAAAGCUCUCAAGCUAGGCAAUCCUGAUCUUACGCAAUAUUUGGACAAGUUGUAGUCGCAUUU